AUGUCUAAUCAAUAAAGAUGUUGCAAUUGUGGAGCUAAGGAUCAUAUUGCCAAAUUUUGUUAUGAAAGAACUAAGAAAGUUCCUGUUACUGUUAAAUUGUGUGUUUAAGUCGAUAAAUCGAAUACUAAGGAUAAGAAAGAAGAGAAAUUGUAAAAAAAAGGAGAUGAAAUUGUCACAAAAAUCUAAAAAUAAAUACCUCGAUCGAAAUAUGAGGAGGAUAAAUAUAUUGGUUAGCAUACCUAAAUUUGGGGUAGUUACUGGAAUGAAGUCUUGGGAUGGGGCUUUGCAUGUUGCUAUUCAAAUUAAAAAUCUCAAGAAUGUUUGGGAGAGAAAGGGAAACGCCAAUCCCUCACUAAAGAAUAUUCCAUCAAAAGGCAAAUUGAAGAAACUCCUAUAGCAUAAUAGGAGCUUAAAUCAGGGCCAUUAAAUCUAAAUGAAUUAUACAGAAAAUCGAACCUUCGAGAAGGUGCUCCAGUUGAUGUUAUUUACAAUUAAAAUAAUGCUAAAGAAUUAUGA